CUCGACCCGCUGUUGGAUGUACCUCCUCCUCCACCACCUCCACCCAUCUGUCAGAACCAUUUAGUCCCCCACCCGGACGGUAUUCCGCCCUUUAUCGAUCUCCUGGCACCCGGCGGGGCCCCGUCGCUUAACGGCUAUCGGAGGACCGUUGGAGCUCGCGCGCUAACGGUCGUUGAUGACGGUUGGACUUCCUCCGGGCGCGAGCUUUUUACGACGAGGGGUUUCUCUCGCUCUGUCCUGGUGGCCUUGUCCCUCUGCUCGGCGGCCGGCUUUCCCCAGAGGGCACAGGCAGCCCAGGCCAAUGCGAAGCUCCCCCCCGGGAUCCUAGAGCCCCGAAGCCUGCACGGUCGCUGCCCCGCCGCCGCCUUCCGGUACCGAGCCGACAGCAAGCAGCCAGAGGAGGGCGGGGGUCCCCGGCCCGGGGCCGACCAGCGCGCCAUGCCCGGGUCCACGCCGGCCAGCAGCAAGGCUCGGGUCUACACCGACGUCAACACGCAGAAGAACCGCGAGUACUGGGACUACGACGCACACGUGCCCAACUGGAGCAACCAGGACAACUACCAGCUGGUGCGCAAAUUGGGCCGGGGGAAGUACAGCGAGGUGUUCGAGGCCAUAAACGUCACCAACAACGAGAAGGUGGUGGUCAAAAUCCUCAAGCCCGUCAAGAAGAAGAAGAUCAAGCGAGAGAUCAAAAUCCUGGAGAACCUGCGGGGGGGCACCAACAUCAUCCGGCUGGUGGACACGGUCAAAGACCCGGUGUCCAGAACGCCAGCGCUUGUCUUUGAGUACAUCAAUAACACAGAUUUUAAGGAGCUCUAUCAGAAGCUGACCGACUACGACAUCCGCUUCUACAUGUACGAGCUCCUCAAGGCUCUGGACUACUGCCACAGCAUGGGCAUCAUGCACAGAGACGUGAAGCCCCACAACGUGAUGAUCGACCACCAGCUGAGGAAGCUGCGUCUCAUAGACUGGGGCCUGGCCGAGUUCUACCACCCCGCUCAGGAAUACAACGUCAGGGUGGCCUCCCGCUACUUCAAAGGCCCCGAGCUGCUGGUGGACUACCAGAUGUACGACUACAGUCUGGACAUGUGGAGUCUGGGCUGCAUGUUGGCCAGCAUGAUCUUCCUCAAGGAGCCGUUUUUCCACGGCCAGGACAACUACGACCAGCUGGUGCGCAUCGCCAAAGUCCUGGGCACCGACGAGCUCUUUGGCUACCUGCACAAGUACCACAUAGAGCUGGACACGCGCUUCAAGGACCUGCUGGGACAGCAGACGCGGCGGCGCUGGGAGCAGUUUGUCCAGGCGGAGAACCAGCACCUGGUGAGCCCCGAGGCCCUGGACCUGCUGGACCAGCUGCUGCGCUACGACCACCAGCAGCGCCUGACCGCCAACGAGGCCAUGCGCCACGCCUACUUCUGCCUGAGGCCUAAGAGGGGGUGGGUCCUGGUCCUGGUCUUGGUCCUGGUCCUGGUCUUGGUCCUGGUCCUGGCUAAGUUCCUGGUCCUGGCCCUGGUCCUGGUCCUGGUCUUGGUCCUUGUCCUGGCUCAGUUCCUGGUCUUGGUCCUGGCCCUGGCCCUGGCCCUGGCCCUGGUCCUAGACCGGGACCUGGCCCUGGCCCCUGGCCCUGGCCCUGACCCGGUGGUGAAGGAGCAGGUGAACUCAGACGGCUCGAAGGCGCUCAGCGGCUCCAACGCCACAUGAUGAGCACACAGCAGGUUCUGACCCGUACCGGCUUCAGGGGGGCCAGGGACCCGUCCAGACCGGGUC